AUGAAAGCCAAAUUAAAGAAGGCUCUUGCUGCAGCAAAGUUAAGUGCUCUUGUUAAGCCAGCGGAAACACGAUGGGGCACUCUAAUUGGUUGCUUCAAAUCACUGAAAGCUGCUGACAGCAUCUUGAAUGCUCUGGUGUCCGAGAGGGACUUUGUAAACAAAGGAACUACAAAGCAAAAGGAGAAGCGUGUUGAAAUCCUAACUGAUCCUGAUUUUGUCAGCAAACUUGAUGAAAGCAUCAAGAUUCUGGCACCAAUCGAGAAAUAUAUCAAGAUUUUCCAAAGUGACUCAGUCCCUUGUUCUGAUGUCUACCAAGCCUUCCUGGAUUUGGAAAAGCAGAUGAAAAAUCUUCCAAAUGUCAACGAAGAUAAGUGUGUUUUCUUUGGCUGCCAUCUUCAGCUGCAUCAGAGCGGAACUUUUCAACUUGUGCAUUCGUACAUUCAAAGUUGA